AGGUAUGUAUCUAUACAUAGGACAGCUUGUGUUCGUGGUAUCGUGGUGGGUUAAUAUUAUUUUGAUCUUCUUUCGGGGGGUGGCGGGAUGUGACGAUGAUUUAUCCCAAAGUUGGAGAUAAAACCGAUGUACCGUCGUAAGGACAGUGAUGUGACGUUAUUAAAAAUCAGAAUAUAUGUGCGGCCCUCGUCGCUUCGGGUGUCGUCGCGAACCACUAGUCACUCGGCAGCAUUCAAGGGAGAGUGAAAAAAGUAAGAUGGCCGCGACGAAACUUUGCGUUCCGUAAAGAACAGUUGUGUUGACGUCGUUUGGGUUUCAAAUUUUUCCUGCCUUUCACGAAUACCCCUGUAUAUUGACAACGAUACGCUGCUGCGACGUUUUGCAUCUUCUUCUAGUGAAUUUGUGCCGAACCGGAGAUGAAUUGUUGAUUGCUCUCAAUGGCCCAGAUUGCCGCAUGAACCGUGCGCUUGUUUAUCUCAGAGAACAACAAUAAUCAAACAACGUGGACAAGUGAAGUACGAACAGUGAUAACUCGCGGAAAGAAUCGCGACUGUUUCAAUAUCCGUAGCGCAUUAUUGAGAUCGACGUUUAUCGUCGCGGCAGAAAAUAUUUCUGCAUUUCGAAAGCAAUUACAGCUCGUUGGCCUCAGAGGAUUUCGAGAAGAAGGAAAAGGCUGGCGGCGACCCUGUGGAUUAUUAGGCGUUCGCGUUACACAUUCCCUAGUCGAGAAUAAGACUGUUGUGUUAACCGAGGGUGCUUAUAACCUGAGACGAAAUGAUAGAUUUCUAUCUACUUAUAUGACGUGUAUUUCCUCGGUGACGGUUCCGAAUACUCGACAAGCUAAUCGGACGGCAAUAUAUUUGCAAAUUUUGCAGCUCUAGCAUAUCGAGCAAGCUGGGCAAAGUGGCGGGUAAGAGAAGUCACUUCCAAACGUGAGAACGACCACGGACGGCCAUAUUAGUGUUUCAAAAGGUGGCAGCAGCGCCGUGGAAGUAGAGCAGCGAGUGAAGUGAAGUGAAGUGAAGUGAAGUAGAGUCCCACCGCUUGCCGAUUAGUGCCUGGCUGCUCGCAUGAACGCGAGUGCCUUGUGCUGUGCCCAACUGUGAAUCGUCGUCCCACAGCGUGGCGUACAUACAGCGCCAUAGUGGUGGGGUAGCAGUGGCGAUUCUCGAGUACGCUGUGUGCCUUGUCACAUCACAGUGGAGUUGGUUCAAAAGGAACGUCGAAGGAAAAGAUAUAAGAGAGCUGAGUGGGGGUGCCUCGCCGCGCCGCUGAUGUCAGCUAGGAAUUUCAAGUUGACUACCAAACGGCAGUCGAAUCCAAAACCAAGGAGUCACUCAUUUAUAGGAUCUAGAUGAGAGGUGAUAUCUAUCGAAGGUCUGCACAGAAGCCUAGCCUUAUAGCCUUGUAGUUCAAACAGGGCUGGCUCGGUACCUGAACCGUUGCUGCCUUCGACACAACUCUGAAUGUCUUCGCACAUACAAAAGUCGUGCGUGGGGCUUGAGGCAACAUUAAGUGACAGCAAAAAGAAGUACGGGGACAAAGUGAAUGCUCUUUUGUCCGCCUGGGAACAUGUCACUAACUUUAUACCCGCGGCAACGCCAGAAGCUACGCAAUCUCUCAUAGAAUGGGUUCACAGGCAUACUUUGAAGUUGGUAUUGCGGGGAGAGUGGCCAAAGUUGUCACCCGCUACAAAGACGCACCUCGGCGUGACGUUGCAGAGGUGCUCUACCCACCUGGGCCGUCAUCCUGCGGCACCACGCUGCGCUACUCUGAUUGCCCUCGUACAUGAUCCUUGGACUCGUCCUGCCCUUGACAGUAUUCUCAAUGGCCAGCCAGAUCCAAGGCUUGAAGACGAGUUUUGUUGUUCGGAAAAAGGUGAAUUAUUAAUGAUGAGGCUUCGAAUAUUGUGUGAGGAUCGCUGCGAAGACAUAGCGGUCAAUUUGGCAGCCGCUUGCGUCCGUUCGCUUCGCCGAAGCGAUCAGUUAAGAUCAGUCUGCGAAGCUCAACAUGUGCAAUACAUGAUCGAUGUGUAUAUCGUUCUAUUGUACAAGCUCAAACGCACGCAAGACAUAUUCGCUCAACUAAAAUUAAUGGAUCUUGGAGAGGGUUUGGAAUUGGUCCAGAGGCUUGGAGGUGAAACAUCGACCAAAUACGGAACGGCAAGAGUUUGGAAGAACUCGACAAGAGCCGCAGAGCUGGUAGCGCAGUAUUUGGUUACUGCCGGAAUGGUUAGGCCUGUCGAAGAGACAGGAUCCUCGACUCUUGAGCAAAUUAUCAACUCCUGGGCUUUGCUUCACUCAAAGCUCAAGGACAUGGCUCCGACGUUACCUGGAAUGAUACGAAAACUCAUAGAGCCUGCCGAAAGUGCGCAGCACAUUUAUAUUUUUUGCGCUGUACUUGGCAAACAUUUUGGCUCGACCAUCAAGCCGCUCAUGAUUGAACUUUAUAUACGAGCGUUAACGACAGACAUGAACGAAUUGGAGGUGCAGAAAGUAAAAUCUGAGAAAGAGAAGGUGCGAGAAACUGCGAAGCGGUUGAGCACGCAAUUUUUGAAAUUAGCCGAUGUUGUCGCCGAGAAUGUGGGCAUAGCCAGAGAAUGCGUGCUUACCGCCUUUUCUCUCCACCCCACGCGACUUUGCUACGACAGGAUCCGAGAAAUGGCAAUAGCUUGCGGUAAGGUGAAAGGGGACGGUGCUCGAGUCGACGAGAUUAAUCGCUCCGACACAUUGGCAAGUUAUCUGGAUACAGGACAGGAACAACUUUCCGCUCGACGCUUGUGUUCGGAGGUAACGGCACAGAAUGCCAAGCCAAAGGAGGUAUUAUUCUCUCUGAAAGGCUUAGAAAAAUCGCCACAUCGAAAAGAGGUAAGCAAUACAGACGGGUGCCAAUUACAUCCGAGACGUGACCCAACAUCGAACGGUCCACUCGGCGAACUCUGUUUCAACUGUGGUGAAUUCACGGGGGUUGAAAUAGUGAGGAUAAAAUCACCUGACGCGACGCCCAAUGUCGAGCGAACUCUUGAUGCUCUAAUCCUGAUAAAGGGAGAUGCUGUCACAGGCUCGGCUAAUUAUGACGAGAAGUCUGCACCUAAUCAGGUACUGGACGCCGAAAAAUUAGGCGUAUCGCCGCAGUUGUGCGAUGACUUGGCCGUUGUGCUAAGCAGUCCACGUUAUCACAUGCUCAGCUGGGUCCUGGAUUGGAAAGAAUUGAACAGUUUGUGUGAAAAAUAUUUGGAGAAUGCAGAAGAAAUGCGCAACACCAAUAAGGAAUUGAAAUUCUUGAACAUUGACUAUUCGCAGUUUAAAGACUGGCCACUCGAGGAAGAAGCUAACAAAGAUGUAUUUUUCGGCAUAGAAAAAGGAUACGAGCAAUGGGCCGACAUACAGUCGGACGAUUCGGAAGAAUUUGGUAGUUUCCAACCUGCUGGGCCAUACAAGAGGUCAUUGACGAGAAGAAGCUUGGACGAUACUACAGAUUCCGACAGCAGUAGCAUUCUGAGGCUUCGCCGUGCGGGUAGACCAAGAAAAAUUCACAGGCUUGCAUCGACCGACAGUGACUACGACGAAGAUCCUAACAAUACUAAAUCUUCUCAUUUUCGGGGAGUCAACGGGACCGUCGACGAAUCGGUAAUUAUAGAGGAUGAAAUGGUGACAGACACCGAUACAAAUACUCAGGACAGCCAAACGGAUAGUCUCGGUAGUGACGGAUGUAGACAAGAUAAAAAACCAAAGAGAAAAUCACCCACGACUAAAGAAACCAACAGCAAAAAUCGCGGCAAGUCGAAGCUCACUGUAGAAUCGAUGUCGCAUUUUCACAUGCUGGUCAAUGACAAUGUAAGACGUUCCACAGAGGACAUAAGUAGCUCUGACAUAAGCAGCAACGACAUAAUAACGCUAUUCUCCGCGGAUAUGGACGAGGGCAAGUGCGAGACCAUCAAGGGAUCCGCGUAUAAUCCUGAGACGCCGCUCAUCAUUACCGAAAAGCGGAGCGACCCGGCGGUAUUAAAAUCUUUGCGGAUGUUCCGGCCCCAGAACAUGAAAAAGCCGACAAGGAUCAGCCAGAUUCUACAGAAGAAUUUAUUGAACAAGAAUAAGGACGGAAGUUGUAGCAAUAAAAACACGAGCUUAUCUAAGUUUUCACCCAAUAUGUUGAGUAAUUUGAACCUAAAUCCAAAGAUUAUUUUAACCCGAAGCGACGACGUUAACAAAAAAAUGAUGCUACCGUCAAAAAAACUGAGCCCCGGUGACAUUACAAAUGAAUUGUUAAAUCUGCAAACAACUAGAUUCUCGCAAAAGAAAAAUUCUACGAUUGUCACAGAUGAGAAGAGUCGCAGGUGCAAGAGUAACAUGGUUGAGAGGGACUUGAGGAUCGUCAAAAACUUAAACUCUAGCAAGCGUGCCGGUUCGAACUUUGUCAAGUCCUCGGGGCUUCAAAGUAAGACCAAGUUCGACAUUCUUGCCAAGGCUGUGAGGGAUUCGGACAUAUUGGCCAAAAAUGUGCCCGGUUUGAACACUCUUGAUAUGAUGGUACCACCCCAAGUUGAAUCAACUGUAAAUAUAGUUCAGCUGUCCCGUAAUAUCCCACAAAGUCCGAACUCCAGUUCCGUAAACAGAAGUGGUACGCCGCCAAGAAAUCGUUCGUCUGUAGUUAGUAGCGGUAUUCAAAUGCCAAGUACGCCAACAUCGAGCGGACAUGAUAGCGGCGUUGGCAUGAGCCCAGCGGAUCGUACACCGCCGUCGAGGUCGUUGCUUCAGGACAUCGGCGAAGAAGCCAACCAACUUCCCGAUACUCCACCGCGUGCAAACUCUUUGCCAUCGAACGCUGAACGUACAAGUCCCAAAAUACUCGAAGAGCAACGGGGCAGCAGGUGUAUUUCCCCAAACAAAUCGCCGUCGCCCUCACCCUCGCCCUCGGUUGCUUUGAACUCGGGAACGCCUACUGUGACUAUAGCCUCGGAACAAUUGCAAAUUGUUUGCAAACCCGACGGAACGUACCGGUUGGCCUCGGUGAACCCCACCGCAUCCUCGUCCUCGUCAUCUUCAUCUUCGUCAUCGACGUCGUCCCACUCAUCUCAUAUGGGGCAGCGAGGCAUGCUCACACUUCAGACAUUGGACGAAAAUAAUUUCUCACAGCAACAGUUGCAGGGACGAUUGGAAGAUUCGGGUACUCCCAAUAGAACAAUAUAUGACGGACUCAACACCAUGAAUGUUAAAUCUGUGCAUCACACCGGCCAGAAUACUUCGCCAGGCUUGCCCAAAUUUCAGCAAGCAUUCCGUAAAACCAUAUACACACUGACAAACAACACGACAACUGUCACUGAUUCUGUUACAACAGAGAAUGUAUCGCAACUGACUCCUGUCUCAAAAACAACAAAUCUGUCAAAGGCAGUACAGACUUCCUUACAAAACACUCAAACCCACGGCGGGGUUAGCGCUCAGUCUAUAACUAAUAUUCCGAAUCUACAACUGUCGACAUCAAGGCAGCAAAUAUUGAACAUAGUACACACGUCCGAAGGCGGAGAUGGGGGCGGAGGGGGAGGAGGAGGUACAGAAGAAGGAGUAAACAGCGGUGAUAGCGCGGGUGUUGCAGUCACAACGUCUGGCAAUGUCACCAAUCCAGCUGUGACGCAACUCGUUCAAACGACGUCAUCACCCUCGGGUGUGAUAUACACGCACAAGAUGCCAGUCACGAUAUCCACGACUAAUCCCAGCCAACUUAAUAUCAUUCCACACACUAUAUCUCGCACAGUUUCGUCUCAGGGUAAUAGAACACCAGUGGUGAAGUUGAAUAUAAUAAGAGCACCGUUGCGACAGCAUAAUAUUGCAAGCACCAUACAGGCAGUAUUGGCAGGGCCACGAGUCCAGCAAAAUGUUCGACACGAUAAUCUAAUCGCGUCCCCCAUCGAUGUUCCGAUAAAUCAGGUCAGCUCGACGACAUUGGAACAACUACGAGAAUUCGAAAGUGUUCUGGAACAAGUUAAGGAACGAAGCACCGUGCAACCUCAGCAUCAGGGCUCCAAUGUUGUAACAACGACUGUACAGACGCAAACUCAAACCCAGACCCAGACCCAAACCCAGUCACAGGUGCAAACAAUCGUACAACAGAAUCAGCAAAGUAGCAAACAUCACGCGACGUCUGGCACACUUGCCCAACAACUGAAUCUUAUGUCGCGAUCAACGGUGUCGAACAAUGAAUUCUCAAAUGCAGCCAGCACCAUUACAUUUCAACAGGAUGUCUACUCUCCUCAGCAAAAAGUAUCACUGGCCUAUGUCGAUCAGACUGCGACUCUCACUCAGAAAGUUGUCUCGACGUCCACCCCUAUAGUCGUUGUGACCAGCUACUGCCAACCGGCAGCGUCUCCGGCAUUGAGUGUAACCUCUCAAAGUUCAUCUAGCCCGUGCGUAACACCAGCUCCGACACCUGUGUCGUCUACGGGAAAGACACAACCAUCUUCAACCACGAAACCAGGCGGGAAAAAGUCUACCUCGAAAACAGUAAAGACGAGCGCGACUAACACUUCUAAAACACCACCUGUGCCCAAGCCACAACAGAAGCCGCAGGAGGAUGAGCAAACUGCUCAGCGAAUAUACGCAAUUCUCGACGAGUAUGCAGAGCAGCUGAGAAAUUCCCCUGAUCUCAACAACAAGCCAGCACCUAGAAGAAGGUCGAAUCCACCAACAAAUCCCAGCCAAUCGUCGAAACGUAAAAAGUCCGGUUCGAGCAAAUCGAAAACACCCAGUCAGCAAAGUUCCGAGCUGAGUCCUGGCCCUGAUGAUCUCGGUCGUACCAUGGGUAGCGAGGAUUCGUCGUCAGGCAUUGUUCAUGUGCAAGACAGCCCUGUUGGCACAUCAUUAGCGGAUGAUGCACAAGUAGGAACAAAUGCGGAGGUAGCUUCAGUGGAUGUUAAAAAUUUGACCAACGACUCUAAUGAUGCGGUCGAGAUGAACGUCAAGCGAAGAAAUCUGAUAUUUGCAGACCAAACCAAUUCCGUUGCGCAGCCGAGAACUGUUAUUGUACAGGAAGCAGUUCAGACGGCAUCUGUAAGCGUUAGCGAAGCCCUUGCCUCGGUUACAGGGAAACUUGGCAGCACAGCUGUAUUGGUACCAGGUACGAACUAUAUUCUUCCAAUGAAUCUUAUGAAGAGUGGACAACAGUUCACCAUAGUAUCGGGUGGCCCAAAACUUCUUGCUACCGUUCCUACGACUGUUAGAACAAGCAAUACCAGCAACGUAUCGAAUGCUUUGGUUCUUCAAUCAUUAUUGAAUCAAGCUGGUAAAAUAAUUGCUCAACCGACUCAGAUGAAGCAAGUCAAAGUACCGACGCUUCAAACGUUGAACACUGGCCAACCAUUGGCGCAACACCAACAGCAACAGCGACACCACCAACAACAUCACGUCACCCACAGUCCAACAGUCGUAGUGACACAGAGUUGUGCUGGAAAUCAGUUUGCCGCCGAUCAGAUAGAAAGGAACAAUAGCGAUGGAAACAUUAAGGUUGACGUGCCAAACUCUGUGGGUAUACCCAUGCACGAAACACCAGAGAAUACAACAAUAAUCAAUAAAACACCCACAAUCAGUCUGAUACAAAAGAACGUCAACGAUUACGGGUCAAACCAACAGAUAUGCAGUGUCAUAACAAGCAGUCCAAAUUUAACGCUCCAAAGCACGAGAAUGUUCAACUCUACGAUAAGUAAGCUUGCCACGCCGACUGGAAUAAAGCACGAGAACGUCGUUUGCUUGGCGCCACCUACAGUCACGCAAUCACCUGAAAAGAAUUUUGCUCAGGACAGUGAGAACGAUGAAAUUUGUAGUGGCAGUAGUUUACAGACUGAAAAACCUGUUGCCAUACAAACUGCGACAAUAGCCUUGGCAUUUACACCUCAGUCUAAAGUGUCAGUGAUAAGUUCAGGGCAGAAGGAAACACGAGACGUUCCUAUCGCUGGUGCGGUAGACGAGGGUGAAAGAGUUGUAUCGCCAAAAUCUGUCAAGAGGAAAUCCGAUGACGAAUCCCCUGCAGAAAUGUUGCCAAAAAAUACGAAUUCAAUCAUUAGGACAGCAAUGUCUGCAACACGGCAAAACGCUUCUAAAUUAGAGGCUGGAACUGCAGAGAGUAAAGAAAUAUCGACAAAAGAGGCACCCGAUCAGUUUCUCGUGAGUGGCAUAAGCGUUAGCGGUAGGGAAGUCUCCGAUGCCCAAGAGACUCAGGUGCGAAGGCCGACUGAUAACGUUGCUGAUGCACCGUUGCGGAUAGGCAACGGGCUUUUGUGCGGGAACGCUAGACUGCAGGAAGCUUGGGAACCGGAGCGAAAACCGUCAUCGCCUGAUACGCCCUGGAGAUACGUCCCGACAUCUUCGAAUCAACUAGGACUCGAGCCGUUGAAGGUUUACUCUUCACGAGAGGGCGAAAAUUCCGUGGGUGGUGGCAAUGGUAGCGUACACAACGUCGUCCAUAUAAUAAACAAAGGCCAAGGCAUAGAGAUGGCGAGUGGUCAACUCUAUCAAACUGCUUCCUCGGCGACGACAACCACGAAAAAGUACUUCAUUAAUCACACCCUAGAACCAUUCCAGCAAUAUUCAAACAGAACACAGAUCAAGACGCAGCUGAACCCGCGGUUGGACCGCGAACUCGCGCAGCAAAGGAUCAGCAAGGCGGCAGCCAUUGAGCGCGAAUUGAAAUUGCAGAAAAGUUUGUCGGAAGAGUGCGAAGACUUGGGAGUCGACGAGCCGAGCACAAGUGACCUAUUUCCAGAGGCGGAUCUGCUAUUUGACACAAACCACUCGCCAUCGUUUGACCAAUCAUCGCAGGAUGCUACCUGUAGCCAACCUGUGGGAUUAAAGUCCUAUAACUCAUCCGUAUACUUUCGCCCUCUUGAUUCGUCCAGCAGCAGUAGGGAUGCGAGCCCUGUAACUGACUUCAAAGCGAUCGAGCGUAGAAAAAACACUGCUCAAAGAACACGAGCUAUCAAAGAUACGGUAAAGAGAGCUAAGCGCGAGCGAAAUGACGACACUGUUAUGAAAAACCUUUCAAAACAGUCUAAGCUUGAUCUACAGGAAGCGGACCCAAGCCAGGACGAAAGUUCGAACAGUAAUUCAGAUGCGUCAAGUCGUCUUUCCCCAUCCAUUUGUAACGAUGUAACCAAAGACUGUACAGUCGGUCUUGAGCGUGUGAAGAUGAAUUCCUGUGUCACUUCCAAGUCAAGUUCUCCGAGCAGUACCUCCGACCUACUACCGUCUUCGGUGAUGAAACAUCAGGACACAGACGAUCCCGACUCAACUGCGACAAAUGCCAAUAACAUGUCAGUGGCAAGCUCCGGCGAUGAAAGCUUAACACUGUUGGGUGGCGGUACGGCCGAUGUAACAAUGCCGUCGCCCCUUUCGCCGGCUAGCGGGCCAUUAUUGGCUAUGCACAAAUAUACCUAUACUAACAAAAAGCGAUCCCUGUGCAAGGUGACGCGCAAGGAAUAUCUCUCGUGGGAAAGCCCGUUGUCCGAUCAGGGCAGGUCGAGCAGCGAAGAUGACGAAGCUUCCAGCAUUGCCGAGUCGAUGAGCAGUCAACCAGGGGAAAGUAUGAUAGUAAACGGAUUAGAGGACAAUAUCGAUGUCCCGACCACCGGCAGUAAAUCCACAAACGAUUAUUGUUCGGCAUACAUGAACAAGCGUCGUCACGAUAAGCUGAAUGUAAAUGCAAGAGUUGUGCUGAAUCGUAACGAUGCUAAAGGCAUUGGCAGUAGCGAUGUGCUUGUCAAACGCACAAAGAAUGACUCGAUGGGUGAGUCUGGCGCAGUCUCGAGUGACAAAACUUCCGAACCCUCCGACGACGAAGGCAUCGCUCAUCAUCCGCCCCAUUCCGCAGGCCCUGACUGCCGCGCGAGAAGAUCCAGUCUUCGUGGUCACGUGAAGAAGGGAUGUGCGUGCUGCAACGGCUCCCCGGAAAGACCGAAAAAAAAGUCUGUCAAGUUGGACCAGAAACUUAAGAAGAGAUUGGCAUCGAAACAAAUAGUCAGGAAGAGGUAGUCCUGUAAGAAACUCUGAUCGAUCGGACUAGUUGAAACGAGGCUGUGUUCGAAAAAUCGUAUUGUGUGUGAAUCUAUCUACAUACAUGCAUGCAUACAUGCAUGCAUACAUAUGUAUAUAUAUACAUAUAUAUAUAUAUAUAUAUAUAUA